AUGAGACUUCGCAAAGCCGCUCGCGUCAUUCUCGUCGGUGCCCCGGGUGUUGGGAAAGGAACGCAGUCUGAACGGCUACUCCAACGGUUUCCGCAGAUCCAGUCCAUUAGCACUGGAGAUCUGCUUCGCAACAAUGUCAAGCACCGGACCCCUCUCGGUAUCAAGGUCGAGAACACUAUGAAGUCCGGCGGGUUGGUUGCCGAUGAUCUGAUUAUGCGCCUGAUCUCCAACGAAAUGUACAAGAACGGAUGGUUGCUUAACAGCCGCAGAAGGCCCCAGGUCAUGACGCUCUCCUCCUCCUCGGCCGCGGUGGACUCGUUCUACGAAGAGCACAUGGAUGACUGGGUGACGGCGUCGGGCGUGCUCGAUAGCCACUCUGCCCCCGAAGCCUCCGAGGACCCUGCGGCCUCUUUCAUUCUUGACGGUUUCCCGAGGACGGCAACCCAGGCUGCGGUGUGCGACAAGCUCAUCCCCAUAAACCUGGUCGUCUCUCUGAAAACCCCGUUCAGCGUGGUGAUGGAGCGCAUUUCCGGCCGCUGGGUCCAUGAACCCUCGGGCCGUGUGUAUAACACCACUUUCAACGCCCCAAUGGUGUCCGGCAAGGACGAUGUCACCGGAGAGCCUCUCACGCAGCGCCCGGACGACACCGAGGAGGUUUACAGGGAGCGUUUCCGCAAGUUUCAGGAGACCAGCGAGCCCCUUCUCGAGCACUACGACAAGAAGGGCGUUCUCUGGGAGGUCGAGGGUAUGAGCAGCGACGAAAUCAGUCCCUUGCUUUUCGACGAAUUUGAGCGACGCUUUGUUCAUUGA